UUGGAUGAAACCGUGAACAGCUGCUUUACCUCAAGUACUUGGCUACAUGAAUCCUAGUCGAUCCUAGUAUAGCCUCCGUUGCUGUUGAUCUGCUGUUGAUCAUGUUUCAGUAAAUACGUAAAUAUUACCGGUGGUUCUGAUAAAAUGGCAUCGUUUUGUAAUGUAUUGAAAAAAUUCACAAUUUUGGAUUGGCACUCACUUGCAAAUGUACAUCGGCAUGGUUAGUUGUGUUGAGACCUAAUAAGAUGGGCUUCGAAAAAAGCUGGUGGAAGCACUAGGAACAGGGUGUCACAUGGUAGACCAAAACACCUUGGAAUAAAACUUCACGAUGGAGCAUAUGCCACUGCAGGGUCACGAAUUGUUACUCAAAUAAAACUUCGGUUUCACCCGGGACUGCAUGUUGGAUUUGGCAAGAAUGGAACUUUAUUUGCCAUGGAAUCUGGAAGAGUUGUAUUUAGUUGUGAAAAAAUUGACCCUAAGUGGGAGCAUACAUGGAUCGAAAGAAUUUAUGCUGGGCGUGUUGGUCAGACAAUUUACAAAAAGUUUGUUAAUAUAAUCCCUGAUAAGCAGCACAACAGAUUUAAACUUAUUGAUCAAGUAUAAUUAAAUUAUAUUGUUCAUAUUUGUUAUGAAGUUGUUACAAUCAAAUAGUAUUUAGAGAGAAAUCUUCCAACCGAUUGACAUUUAUAACUUACCUUUGUAGAAAUUGUGUUCAAAUUACUUUUAUACAAGUUAGUGUCUAUUUUUUAGCACUGUAUAAGCAAGGAGUGAAGAUGAAAUACUUGAUAAAUAAUGGAUUAGAUUUUUCCUGUUCAUCUUCUUACAAGUGUUCUAAUCUUGUUUGUGAUGUGUUUAGUCAAUAAAAGUAUAAUGUUUUGUUUUUUACUUGUAAAAAGGGAAUUUUUCACAACACAAAGUUCUUAUGUAAUAGAUUUGAAUACAAAUGUGAAAUAAAAGUCAAUUGCCAUUUCA